CGCGCACAUGCGCGCACAUACUACUACUCGGUCUUUGUCUCUCCUCGGUCUGCUCUUCACGAUCGUCCCUCACGAUCAUCCUUUGAUGUGGUCACUUAGCUGCUCGUGAGCCCUUUGCUUCUCCAGACCGGUCCCUGCCGCCCCCAGAUUCUCCAUAUUAACUCCGCACCUCCCCCACACGUUCCCUUCUCUUGCCUUUCCUUCCUGGUCCGCGCCCGAGUACAUAUUCGUCGGUGACCCGUUCAGACCCGCCAUCAAUUUCUUCUCAUCACAUACGCCUUCACCAUGAGUGGAACUUUGGAUAAGAGUGCGUCAAACGAGGGCAAUGGGUAUUCGGAGAAGAUCGAGGGCCAGGGCCAGCAGAUAGAGCAAACACCCAUCGCCCCCCGCUCUAGCUUUCUCGCCAUAGCCAAGAGACAUUUCAAGCGGUUCUGGUGGGCCCAUCUGAUAUUUUUCUGCGCUUCCGUUCUUAUCAUUGCGUUAUGUCUUGUCUACGUUGCAAUGCCCAAGAUCGCCCAGCGCGGUGUCAACAGGUCAAGCACUACCUUUACCGACCUGAACUUUCUUGACCCGACUGCGAAUACCAUCGUUCUCUCACAGGAUGCUAUUCUUCACAGCCCUAGCAUGUACACUCCAACAUUAGACCCCUUCAGCGCGGCUCUCUACCUGGUCACGAACGGUACCUACGCUGCGACCCCGAUGCUGAGCAUUAUGAUGCCGAAAAUCCACGCCUUGCACCCAAAAUCUAUUGUGCACACUCCUCCGCAGACGUUAAAUAUCUCGGAUAUGGAUCAACUCACGGAUUAUUGUAUUCAGGUGUUGACGCAGGAGAACGUGACUACCGCAUUGGUAGGAAAGACGAAGCUGCAUGAAGGGAAAUUGCCCGUGAUCACCGUUAAAUACAAUUCCUCGACAACGUACAAGUCUCUCAAUGGGCUGGCAGGCUUCAACGUUACCGAUCUGAAGCUCAACCUGAGUGCGCCAGCUGGGCAACCAAAUCUCGUCGGCAAGGCAUUUAUCCCCAAUCCGUCCGUGAUGACUAUCGCCAUGGGAAAUGUGACUCUCAACCUGUCAACUGACCAGGCCGGCAUAGUUGGAAAUUCCACCAUCCAUGAGAUGACCCUAGUUCCUGGAAACAAUACAUUCUCAAUGACUUCCAUCAUCGAUGCCGGGAAAGUUACCUCGAGUAUGAACAAGUCUGGUAUCGUCACGCUCAAGAUCAUAGGCACGUCUUCGGUCUAUAACGGACAGCAUCUGCCUUACUAUGAGAAAGCUUUGGCCAGCAAUGUCCUCACCCUUGACCUGAACGUCGCCGCGGUUCUAGCGAAUAGUCAAUGAGGGCCGAG